GCCGCUGCCAUCGUUGUCCAAAAAGUGUCAUCUAGACACUUUAGUUUUUUUUCUUCAACGAAGACGCCAAGCUUUUCGAAUCUGUCGAAUAAUCAGUAGAGUAAAGGAACGCCAUUCUUUUCGAACCUUCACCGUAGUCGAACAAACAGGGGGAACACCAUUCUUUUCGAACACCCUGAACGCCGACUUUUUUUUUUCUGCAAAGGAAAGAGUUGUGUGUCUGUGUAGAACAACCCUUCUCGGACAACUUCUUCAAGAUUGAUGGUUAGGCGGGAUUCCUCGAUAACAAUGUUCUUCGUUGAAGGAGUUCAUGAUAUUCUUCUUUAGUGAGGGAGAACAAUCAAAGAAAAUCAAAAAAUUACAAUAUCCCGCCGGUAGGCAUUGAAUUGUGUAUGCCCACCGGCAGGGGACAAGGCGUGUUUGAGGUCUCAAGAAUUCAAAACUUGCUCUGAUACCAUGUAGAAAUUAAUAAGAGAGAAAAUAGUUUGUAUAUUGAAUUGUUCUAGUGAAUACAAAGGCCUAACCCUCUUUAUAUAGGAAGAGAGUAAAGCAUAUAAGUAAACUUCUAUUCCUACCAUAUUUCUAUUCCUACUAAAACAAGAAAUAAACAAACUAGAAAAGAUACUAAAUCGAAUCCCAAAGGGAUUCAGUUUCCUUAUUCAAUUCGGCUUCCUUCUUCUGUCGCCAACAUACAAUAAGAUUUAUUUGUACUAAUGUAAAAUCAUUACCAGGUGUGAAUAAAUAAUAGCCUGGGGAACAUAAGGUUUAAAUGUGGUUUCCUUUUCUACAGCAAGCUUCUGAGCCUUUUGAAACACGUUCAAUAUGUCUUGAAAAUAUGCACCAAACUCUGAAUGCAAACUUUGAAAUCACCACCCUUUUAGCUUUCUGUUCUAUCUACAUAAGGUGAUGCAUUCACCAAAAAGAAGUUUCGCUAAAUGAGCAUAAUCAGCUAAAGUUAAUGGGCAUAGUUCUAGUCAUUACUCGGAAAAAUACAUCAAAUACUGUAUGAGCAGUUACGAUUUAAAAGGGAUAUUUUAUUGUUUUACUUGCUGGGAGGUAAGCGAUCUCUACUGCAUCUGCAUUUGCAAACAGACACUUCGUCUCCUAUAUGGUACCAAUGCAUGUGUUUCACCUGAAAUAAAGUUAUGUUAUACUACACAGCCUCUGCAAAUUAGAAAAACAAAAAUCUUAAUUAAACUAACCAACAGAAAUCAUCUCCACUGGUACUGUUAAUAGAACAGAGGGGGCCAUAUUCAAAAGAUGAUAUUUUUCCGGUGUUGGCAACAAGUACCAUCCCAAAGAGGUCACGUAUUGAGACUAAGUGGAGCUGGUGUAUAAGGUACAGACCUCUCUCCAGCUUCAAAACACUCAGGAAACAAAUAAACCUAAUCAAUCUCAGGGCAAUAAAAUGUAGAGUAUAUAGCUGAGCGGAAAUCCCUAGAAACGAUAUCUAAAUACAUAAACUUAAAACAUAAAACACAAACUAUACACGUAGAGAAUUAAAAUCCCUAGAUCCAACAAAAUCAAAAUCAAACCCUAGUUCAAAAGCAAUCCCUAAUUUGAAGAAUAAGAACAAUAUAAAGAGCAAUACUUUCAUCGAACCGGAAAACCAAAUCUUUGGAUUGAUUCGUAUAGGAACACAAUGUUCCUAAAACAAACCCUGUGUUGGUUGGUGCGGUGGGGCUUGACGGGGGAUAUGUACUGGCGUAAAAACAUUUAAGAUGGAAUCAAUUACCGGAGAUGGGGGAGAUGACGAUGAUAAUUGAAGAUGGGGAGACGACGAUGAUUAUCGAAGAUUGGAGAGAUGGCGACGAGUACUCGAUGGCGUUGGAUCUGAGUCAUUUUAAUUUGAGAAGGCAUCAAUUACUGAGUGGAAAAGGCAGCGGGCUCUUUUUUAUCCGCUGGGUAAUGUCUUCGUCGCCUUUGAACAGCCCCAGCAGCGAUAAUUCUGAUUCGUGGAAGAUCUGUAGCCCAGGUGACAAUCCGGAACAUGUUAAGACAAAGUUGAGGCAUUGGGCACAAGCGGUUGCGUGCUCGGUGAUGCAGUCGUAUUGAAAAUUGUAUAUAUGGGCAUGCAUGCGCUUAGGAGAUUGGAGAAUGAAGAAUUUGGAAUAAAAUGGCGGGCGGGAAUGACGCGUACGUCACGUUGUACUUCGGUUCCUUUAUGAUUUUGAUUGUGGUCAUGAUGAACCAACAGGCUGUACUUGCGACUUGGCUCAUUCGUAGUUGAGUCGAGUAGUAUACUAGUAUGGGUUGUAAUGUCUAGUCAUCCAUGCACGCUUUAUAAUGCUAAUACAACUGGCCUAAUUAAUGAAAUUGUGCCUUUUGAGACUUGGCACAUUCCUACAUGCAAUAUUUCUUGGGCAUUGCAUAUGUAAAGAUCUCCAAAUCUUUAGAAUCCUGUGUCAAGGAUUCGUUCCCUUCCAAAAUUUCUCUUUAAAUACCGAUUUUGCACCACAUGUCCAUGAGUGUGUAACCUACAAUUUAAGUUCAGUUUGAUUCAUACUCAUGUUGCCAGGAUCUGAGAAACACACUUAAGUUUGUCAUAUUUUUCAUUCAUUUCUUCAAAAAAAAAAGAGAUGCAUGUCAAAAGAAUAGAUGGUUUUCUUUAUGGUAUGAGAAAACUUAAAACUAAGGGGCUGUUUGGCAACUUCUGAAUCGGUAAGUGCUGAACCAGUAAGAGGUCUGAACCAUUAAGUGCUGAACCAGUAAGAGGUCUGAACCAUUAAGAGCUAGUAUAUUGCUUAACUAUUCAGAGGCAAAUGUCUGAUCAAUUCAGAUAAGAGGUCUUAACCAUUCAGACUCUGUAUAAUACUUAACCAUUCAGCAGACUCUGUAUAAUACUUAACCAUUCAAAGGAAAAUCUCUUAACCAUUCAGACAUCUGAACCAUUAAGAGGCUGAAACAAACAGUCUGAACCAUUAAGUGCUGAACCAUUCAGACAUCUGAACCAUUAAGAGGCUGAAACAAACAGCCCCUAAGUUCUCAACCAAAAAAUUGGAGAUGAAAGAAACAGAUCGAAGAAUUCAUAGGCAAAAUUAUAUAAAAUUAGGGAUUAGUACAUACUCGAAGAACGAAUUUGAAAAGAAAUAUGCAAUUCAAGAUAAAACGCUUACAUAGCCUUCCGAAACGACUUUGUUUCCGACAGUCAUGCUGGAGCCUCACCGGGUAAACCAACCUUCGUGUGGUUGAAGGCUAGGCAUUAGGCAAAGGUCUAAAUUCGGUGCUCACGACCGGCGGCGUAGAUCGCCGAUGGUAAAACCCUAAAUUGGUAGAGUUGAAACGGCGCAUAGAUGACAAAAAAAUUUGGGUGGACGA